UAUUAGCUAGUGCUCUUUCAUCAUCAUCAUCACCAUUCUUUCUCUUUCUCUCUCCUCUCUCUCUCUCUCUCUCUCUCUCUCUCUCUCUCUCUCUCUCUCUCUCAAUCCUCCCUCUCACACUCUGCACGACACAGCCAAGCUUGGGAAUCCUUCUCACUAUUCUAAUGCACCCUAUUGGACUUUGCUCUGACCAAGAGAUACCCUUUUUCUGCAAUCUUAAUCUCCUAGAUGAUUGAUACAGUAUUUACAUGUACUAGGGCAUGAAAACCUUCAAGCUCCUUUUUUUCGACUCCAUUUCCAUUGCUCCAACAUUGCUGAUCGGAGAAUUGACCGAUGAAUCAGAACCGAUUGGACUUAAGAGCUCAUCAUUCUGGAUCGACGCAAUCAGAGGAGUCCGCUCUGGACCUGGAAAGGAGCUACUAUGGUCAUCUUAACCCUUCAUCUAGUCCUUCACACUUGCAACCUUUUGCUGGAGGUACCCAGCAUUCUGAGAGCAACGCUGCCUACUUUUCAUGGCCUACAUUGAGUCGCUGGAAUGAUGCAGCAGAAGAUAGAGCCAACUAUUUUGGGAACCUUCAAAAGGGUGUGCUGCCUGAAACUUUGGGUGGAUUGCCAACAGGACAGCAGGCUACUACCUUGCUUGAAUUGAUGACUAUUAGGGCAUUUCAUAGCAAGAUCUUACGCAGGUUCAGUCUGGGCACUGCAAUUGGAUUUCGAAUUAGAGGAGGUCUUUUGACUGAUAUUCCAGCAAUUCUUGUCUUCGUUGCCCACAAAGUUCACAGGCAAUGGCUCAACCAUGUUCAGUGCCUACCUGCUGCCCUUGAGGGACCAGGAGGUGUUUGGUGUGAUGUGGAUGUUGUGGAGUUCUCCUAUUACGGCGCACCUGCACAAACCAGCAAAGAACAAUUAUAUACGGAGCUUGCUGAUGGCUUAAGAGGAAGUGAUUCAUGUGUUGGCUCAGGUUCUCAGGUUGCAAGCCAAGAGACAUAUGGGACAUUGGGUGCUAUUGUCAAAAGCCGAACUGGAAAUCGAGAAGUUGGCUUUCUAACAAAUCGUCAUGUGGCUGUUGAUUUAGACUAUCCAAACCAGAAGAUGUUUCAUCCAUUACCACCCAGUCUCGGACCUGGUGUAUAUCUUGGUGCAGUUGAGAGGGCAACAUCAUUUAUUACUGAUGAUCUUUGGUAUGGAAUUUUUGCAGGAACAAACCCAGAAACAUUUGUGCGAGCUGAUGGGGCCUUCAUCCCAUUUGCAGAAGAUUUCAAUAUGAACAAUGUAAUUACAACUGUAAAAGGUGUAGGUGAGAUUGGUGAUGUAAACAUCAUAGACUUGCAGUCUCCAAUCAACAGUCUCAUUGGAAGACAAGUGGUUAAAGUCGGAAGAAGUUCUGGUUUGACUACAGGGACUAUAAUGGCAUAUGCCCUAGAGUACAAUGAUGAGAAGGGGAUUUGUUUUCUCACUGAUUUUCUUGUUGUUGGUGAGAACCAGCAGACAUUUGACCUUGAAGGUGACAGUGGAAGCCUUAUUCUUUUGACUGGACAAAAUGGGGAGAAGCCACGUCCUGUCGGCAUUAUCUGGGGUGGGACAGCUAAUCGGGGUCGAUUGAAACUAAAAGUUGGUCAACCCCCAGAAAAUUGGACAAGUGGAGUUGAUCUUGGUCGACUUCUUGAUCUCCUUGAACUUGAUCUCAUUACUACAAAUGAAGCACUCCAAGCUGCGGUGCUAGAGCAAAGAAAUGGUCCCUCUGCUGGAAUUGACUCUACAGUUGCAGAAUCCUCUCCAACUGUGACAAUAAAAGAAAAACUUGAAGAGAGCUUUGAGCCUAUUUGCUUGAAUAUCCCACAUGCUCAAGUUGAAGAUGAACCCUCACAGAGAAUCAAUCCAUCAUUAAGGCUCUGUGGGUUUCAUAUCAGAAAUGAGAUUGAAACAGUGCCAAAUGUAGAACACCAAUUCAUACCAAGUUAUGCUGGCAAGUCUCCAGUACGUCACAGCUACCUGAAAGAAGACAUGGAACUGAAAAGUCUAGCUGAACUUAGGAGUGGCCCUGGUGAAGAAAAUUUUGUUUCCUUGCAUUUAGGAGAGCCGGAAAUGAAGAGAAGAAAGCACUCAGAUCCUUCUUUUUGCAUCAAAGAAUUAAAGUAAGUAGUAGGUUAAAAGAUGAAGUAAGAUGCAGCAUAUAUACCAGAUGAAGCGACUGUCUCAUUUGCAUGGCCAUUCUAUAUGCUACAGAAACGCAUGGCCUUAGCAUGUGGUGCCUAUCAUGGGAGGAGCUUCAGCAGAAAAGGGUAAACAAGGUUCACUUCUGGAUGAUAUUCUUAUUCUUUUUUUUCUCUUUUAUAAAUCUUGUUUAAGCAAAGUGAUAUUAUUCACUUGUGGGUUAUAUAAUAUUUUAUAGAGGACAAUUAGCUUGUUCUGUGUUGAAUGAUUUAUACCACUUUUGUAGACUUUGUAUUAUAAGCACUCCUGAUGGAGAAGCAGCUAUUGUAAGUUAACGGAAUGUGAAAUAUAUCCUUGUUAAGCAGCUUCGGUCUAUUUAGUAUCAUGUUUUAUCCUCA